CCCGACCGCCUUGGGACAGCCAGGAGCGCAGGGGGCCUUCACCUGCUCCCUGGGGUGAGGUGCACCAAGGCGCAGGCGCCAGCGUUGGCGUUCCGGUUGGCGCAGGCGCAGAUGUUGGCACAGGCACUUCGGCCUCAAGAGACUGAGGUAGAACUGCGGCUCCCGCUCCCUGCGACUAAGGGGAGAUUAGGUUGAGACGAGUUCUACUUGGUCCUGUGCCCACCCUGCUCCACCAUGCCUGAGCAGAGCAAACCCCAAAGCAAGUUUAGAGGCGAUUGGGAAAACAAGCCUCACGGUGACUGGGCCGGUAACAGCGGUGGCAGUGAAAGCAGUAGUGGGCCGCUAAGACGAAAGAAAGGCUGGGGCUCGUACCGCCGGAAGCAGUACUCAGAGACGAAGUGGGGCUCCGGGAACCGGCGGACCCCUUGCUUUGCCGGAGAAGACCGCGAUGAUACAGAUGAACGCCAACAGACUUCCAGAAACAGGUACUCCCCACAAACUUCCCGAUUCCGGAGAACAAAAUGGUGGGAGCGGGGCGGAAACCGCAUCCAUGUUACUGUGAACGGAGAGCAAGAGACACCUGCAGUAGGUAGAAGUGUGACUGUUUACAACCAGAACCCACCUUCAAAACAGUGGUUCAAGAUAACUAUUCCCAAUGGCAAAAAGUAUGAGAAAGCAUGGCUUUUAAGUAAGAUUCAGGGCAAAUGCAGCAUUCCCUUCAAACCGGUUGAAUUUUACUAUGAAAAUAACAAAGCCCAUUUUUUUGUGGAGAGUGCCCAUACUGCUUCUGCCCUGAAAGAUGUUAACCACAGUAUUGUAGACGAUGAUAACCGCAAGAUCUCAAUUAUAAUUAAUUCAUCAAGCCCACCUUAUUCAGUACAGAAUGAAUUGAAGCCUGAACAGGUAGAACAGUUGAAGUUUAUCCUGAGCAAGAAAUACAAUAGUUCGCAGAAGUCCCUUGACCUAAAAGGCCUUCGCUCCGAUCCAGACCUCGUGGCUCAGAAUAUUGAUAUUGUGUUGAGUCGCACAAAUUACAUGUCUGCAUCAAUUCAAAUAAUUGAGGAAAACAUCCCUGAGCUCCUAUCAUUGAAUCUGAGUAAAAACAGACUUUACAAACUAGAUGACUUUUCAGAGAUCGUGCCAAAGGCACCUAAUCUAAAAAUCCUCAACCUCUCAGACAAUGAGUUAAAGUCAGAACGGGAGCUGGAUAAAGUGAAGGGAUUACAGCUGGAUGAACUGUGGCUAGAGGGAAAUCCCCUGUGUAAGACCUUCCCAGAUCAGUCCUCCUAUUUUAGUGCCGUCCGAGAACGGUUUCCAAAGUUGCUACGUCUGGAUGGCUGUGAACUGCCUCCUCCAAUUGCCUUUGAUGUUGAAACCCCCACUAUGCUACCUAACUGCAAGGGCAGCUACUUUGGAUCAGAGACCAUGAAGGAACUGGUCAUGUAUUUCCUACAACAGUAUUAUUCUGUGUAUGACACUGGAAAUAGGCAGGGAUUGCUUGAUGCCUAUCAUGAGAAAGCCUGCUGUUCCUUAAGCCUUCCUGUCAGCCUUCAAAGUCCAUCUCGGUAUAAUUUCAGUGAAUAUAUGAAAGACAACAGGAAUGUGAAAAAACUCAAAGAUCCCAGCCUUCGAUUCCGCCUUCUAAAACACUCCCGCCUCACUGUUGUUGCUUUCCUCAAUGAGCUGCCAAAGACCCAGCAUGAUCUGAAUUCCUUUGUGGUAGAUGUUUGUGCCCAGACAGAGACAUUGCUGUGUUUUUCUGUACAUGGGAUCUUUAAGGAAAUAGAUGGAAAAUCUGAAGAUACCAUCAGAGCAUUCACCAGAGUAUUCAUUGCUGUACCCUCAAAUAAUGCCACCAAGAUGUGUAUGGUGAACGAUGAGCUGUUUGUAAGAAAUGCCAACUCAGAAGACAUCCGCCGCGCUUUUGCCACGCCCGCUCCACCUACACCAUCCUCCAGCUCCUCGACCACUGCUUCCCAAGAACAGCAAGACAUGAUACAAUCUUUUUCUAUCCAAUCUGGCAUGAAUCCAGAAUGGUCACAGAAGUGUCUAGAGGACAAUAACUGGGACUUUGUUCAAGCAGCACAGAUCUUUACCUACCUCAAGGGAGAAGGCAAGAUUCCUGCAGUGGCAUUUCUGAAGUGAUCCAACUUAACUCCCUUGAAUAUUAGCACCUCUUCUGCCCUGGGGCUAUCUUUAUGACGGUGACUGUGACUAUGAUUAUCAGAAAGAGUAAGCCCCACGGAUUGACCUUCCCCUUGUUAAGAAUGUUAAAUGACAUUUCAGCCACUGAAUGAGUCAGCCUACCACCAUCACUUUUGUCUCCUGGAAGCUAAAGAUUCAUCUGUAGAACUGACACGAAAGUAUCUUAUGGUACAGGUUCUCACUUUGUUCUAAGUCCUACCAGGAAUUCUGAUUCAACCUCUUUUAGCAUAAUAAGUAAAGUUCCAUUUUCUGUG